AUGGAGAUGGAGAUGAUGGAGGCUGUGGAAGAGAACACGCAGGCCAAGAACCCAAUGGAGGGGGACCAGCUGGUGAGCAAAGGAGGGGAUGACCCUGAGGCCAACCCGCUCCACCCGCAAGAGGUCGACGUAGCGGGCCACCGCAUCCUAAAGCCCACCGUCAAGUCGCUGGUGACGGCGUACGAGACACACACGCUACACGGGAAGAAGCAGGUGCUGGAACACAUCAGCGAAGAGGAGUGGCGCCUCAUUCGCGACACCAAGAUCCAGGCCUCUGGCAAGUGGAUCACGCGGGACGCGAAGGACGGCAGCUCCCCGCAGACUACCCCGCGCUCGCCGCAGCGCCGCGGCACGAACCCGCCCCGCUCGGCCGGCAGGGGUCACUGGCCGGACCGCAUCACGGCUGGGGCGGGCGAGAGGAGCGAAAAGACCAAGAAGGCGAAGGCGAAGGCGAAGACAGACGGUGAGGGCAAGAAGGCGGAAGCAACGACGAAGCAGCACAAAAGGCGGAAGAGCCGCGAGAAACUCGAGGCUGCGAUUGUCGCCAGGAGCGGCGAUGACGAGGAAGACUCCGGCUACCAUGCUGGGCGCAAUUCGCUGGUGUGUAAUGGACAUCGGAAUGCACGCUACAGACGCAAUGCCGGGUCUACGCCGGGGCCAGUACGACUCGUCUACGAAGAGGGCCGAGGAGGCAACACCAACUUCACCAAGAUCAACCGAAAGCGCAGGAGCACCCCAGCAAACGACGUGACGUGCGUGUACAGCCUCACGUGCAACCUGGCGGCCGACGACACGAGGGAGAUCCACUUCUCGGGGAAGCGCAAGUCAGCUGAAAUCGCCCGCUCCGAGCUCGCGCCCCUCAAUAUCCUCAGCAUCGGCCAAUCCUUGGAGCCACAGGAGGGGACCGACGACAACCCGGCCCUGGCCACCGAUGCCAGCAGCGGCGGUGCCACGCUCUCUGCGUCGGCCGCCGGAACUGCGGCGGCACUCGCACCGAUCUCGCCUGCCGUGCCCAGUCGCGGCCGCAAUGCGUGGGCCAGCCUGCUGUCCAAGGUGAGCGGCUGGAGCGGCGACAAGGAGCUCCGGGCCAGCAGACGCGAGGAGCGGCGGCGCUCGAAGAACGUCACCAAAGAGGGGUCCCGGCAGGAGUUCAACCGGCAGGGCAGCACCGGCAGUGGCCUCGCAGUGAGCAGGAACCGCCGCGAGAUCGGUGGUGAUAGUGCGACGCUGGACAUAAGCAGCAGCGGCGAACGGCAACGCGGGCGGAGCUGGGGCAAGUACGAGGGCAAGUUGGUGAAGCGGGAGAAGCGGGACGAAGACGAAACACAACACACGCAGACGCAGGGCAAGAUCGACCCGACGGAUAAGCGCAAGGCCCGCGACAAGCGAGCGGUCCAGCGCCACCAGCUCCAGCAGCAGCAGCAGCCCACCACCCCGCGCGGCCAACCGCAGCAGCACCCGAACACGGCCCGCCAGGCCUCCCAUGUGCAGCCGCGGGAGAAGGUGCCGCCGAGUUCGCAGUCAAUGUCGAUGCCGGCCGUCACGCCCGGCGAGCCCUGGUCGACCCGUCCGUCCCCGCGGCGCCCUUCGAUGCCGGUCAACAGUGUCACGGGCUCAACGUCGUCUUCGUCGUCAUCGCCUUCGACUUCACCGCUGGGGGGAUCGGCGCCGUUGAUGUCGUCAUCGUCGUCUCUGUCGUCCUCCAAGUCCGCGCCCGGCCUGGGCCAGAGCCAGAACGCGGUGGCGCCCAAGUCUGCGGACAAGAGCAACAAUCAGCCGCGGGCCUCGCGGGUCAACACCAGUCUGCGCUUCAUGAAAUUUCAUUCCGAUGGUGCGCAGGAGGGGAGCAAUGGCGGUGGUCGGGCGGAGUCGUCGCCCGAGGCAGCUGCGAGGGGCGAGCGAGGGCGGGAGGAGAGCCCUCCUGCGCCGCACGUGCCCCAGAGGCGGGUGCAGCCCGAGCGGCUGACCUCCCACUCGUCCAUGUUCCUCAACAAGCUCGGCCUCUCGAGCGAGACGCGGCUCGAGGUCUACCGUGUACUCAUACAGACCCGCAAGUCGAUGAAGUUCAAGGCGGUGACCGCCGACAUCCGGGACGAGCUGCUCAAGCUGGAGCGAAGCUUCAACUCACAAAACUACAAAUUCGGCGUGCUCUACUGCAAGAAGGGGCAGACCGAGAACGAAAUGUUCACCAACGUGGUCGACAAUUCCAACAAGUGCUAUGAGCGAUUCCUCAAUUUCCUGGGCGAGAGAAUCCCGCUCAAGGGCUGGAAGAACUACACCGGCGGCCUCGAUGUAAAGAACGAAUCGACGGGAGACGAGUCGGUCUACACAGAGUUCAGGGAGCAGCGGAUCAUGUUCCACGUCUCCACGCUGCUGCCCUACUACCCGCGGGACGAGCAGCAGGUUGAGCGCAAGCGACACCUGGGCAACGACAUCGUGGUCAUCGUCUUCCUCGAGCCGGGCGCCCAAUUCACGCCACGGCUCAUGACCACCCAGUUCAAUCAUAUUUAUUGUGUGGUGCAAAUGGAGGACGCCGACUCGGAUGUGCCGGCGGUGCGCGUCGAGUACGCCGCGAAGCGUCUGCUGGCCCCCGGCUUCGAGUUGGUGCGGACUAUCCACAAGCACACCCUCAACGAGCGCACCACGGAGUCGCUGGCCAGGUUGCUGCUGCGGUUCUUCAAGGCCCACGACCGGGAGCGGGAUCUGCUGCAAUGGGUCGUGUCCGAGGAGGUGACCAAGGCCGCCAACCCCGACACCAUCUUCAGAGAAGAGUCUCUGUCGAUGAAGCUGCUGUCGUUGAAUGCCUUCACCGGCCGUGGCAUCGAGUUUCUGGAGCGGACCGUCUUGGUUCUCAUUCGCGACGUUCAGGAAUUGAACCUCAGUCUCGAGGUGCGCACUUGA